AUGCGGCACUGGUCCCUCCCGGAGAAGACAGGGCAGGUGCGACGACACCCUUCGCCUGCCCUGCCAUGGCGUCGCUCCUACGACCCCAUCGCGUCCACCACCAGGAAGCGACAAUUGGCGAUCGUCGCUCAAGUCACGGAAGAGGUAAACAAGCUGACGGUGCAGGACCACACCCCACCUCCUGAGCUAACAGCUGGAAAGAUCAGGGGUGUGGGUCAUGUGGAACCAUCAUCCCCGGAGGCAUCGGUGGCGUCGAAGCAAGCCUCCAACAUGGAUGCACAUGACGAGGUGGAAAGCAAGGAAGAACAGGGAGACGCACCCCCAAUCAAACGGGGUGUGGGCUGUACAAGGCGAACCAGGGGAGAGGUGCCCAAAGAUGCUGAAAAAGAACCGCGGACAACCCAGGAGGUCACCCUGGGGGCUACGCGGAAGAGGGAUGAAGAAGAGCCAGGAAACCAACCUCAAGCAAAACGACUGGUGAUGCAAGUUCCCAGCCUGGAGGAAUGUUUGGGGAAGGAAACGCUGAAGAACCAGAGAGAGGAAGAGCUCACAGGCAAACUAGGAAACCUUGUAUCAGGCUUUACCAAUGAUCCUAGUGCUGAGGGAGUAGGUAGUGACACCCUAGAUAUCAUUACUGAGAGUAGGGUAGAACAUAUUGUAAUAGGAGCAAAGAAGGGAGAAGAGGGGAAGCAGAGCACCCUAGAAUUGAGAGAGGAUGAUGCUGAGGGAGAGAUGGGAGGAGAUAGAAUCACCACUAAAACCGGACCUGACAGGGACGGCAUGAAACCGGGCGCCGAGGAAGAGUACAAGCCUAUCCUGGUGUUCCUUUCUGAAACCAGGCAGAAUAAAGAUGUGAUUGAGAGCGUCCAGAGACGCAUUGGUUAUGCCAACUGUCUCCCCGUUUGUGUUAAGGGCAAAGGUGGUGGGUUAGCCCUUUUUGUUAGCAAUCUUGUCAAGGUCGAUCUAAUCAGUUUUGGCAAGCACCACAUUGACACCACGGUUACAGACCUAGAUGGUGUUAAAACGAGGUACACUUUUGUCUAUGGCGAGCCUCGCCCCCAAGAUCGCCCUGAGUUCUGGAAACUAAUGAAAAGAAUAAAACCCAUGUCACCAGAACCAUGGUUUGUUGCUGGCGACUUCAACGAAUGCUUGUUUCAGUCUGAGCACAUGUCAGCUAGAAGGAGAAGUGAAAGCCGUAUGCAAGAUUUCAGAGAUGCGCUGAGGUUCUGUAAUCUACAUGACUUGGGUUUCCGUGGGCAGCCUUGGACUUUCAACAACAAGCAGCAAGGGAAGAGAAAUGUUAGAGUUCGUCUUGAUAGGGCAGUUGCUUCUCCGGCUUGGACUGCUAUCUAUCCACAAGCUACGGUCCAGCAUGUGGUCACGUCAAGAUCUGACCAUUGCCCCAUUGUUAUAACUCUGAAGGAGGAGACAAACAAACCUGUAAAAUUGCCACCAAGGUAUGAAGCAAUGUGGGAACGUGAACCCUCUCUAAAUGAAUGUAUAGAGGAAGCUUGGGUGCACCUCAAACCUGCAAGCAACCUGGAAGAAAUUCAACAGAAAAUCUCCCAUACUAUGACGGAUAUGGGAAAUUGGAGCAGGAAGGAAUUUGGGUCAGUAAAUAGUGAAAUUAAGCGCCUUAAGAAGAGACUGGGAAAUCUGCAGAGAAGAAAUUACAUUAGAAAUCAAUUGGAAAUUGAAAAGGUUGCUGCCCGGUUGGAUGAGCUACUACUUAGAGAGGAGAUAAUGUGGAGGCAGAGAUCAAGAGUGACCUGGUUGAAGGAAGGAGAUCAGAACACAAAUUAUUUCCAUAGGAAAGCGUCGGGUAGGAAGAGGAAAAAUAAGAUCAGUAAACUAAGAAAACCUGACGGAUCCAUGACAGAAAAUGAAGACGAGUUCCUGGAUAUUGCUUGCAAUUUUUUCAACGAGCUCUACAAAGAAGACCCAAAUAUCAACCCUUCCACACUGCUGAACCUGAUUGAACCAAAUGUCACAGAUGACAUGAACAAAACACUGGUGGCAGACUUCACAGAUGAGGAGAUCGGGAAUGCACUGUUCCAGAUUGGACCUUUGAAAGCUCCAGGUCCAGAUGGCUUGCCUGCGAGGUUUUUCCAGCGAAACUGGGGGCUCUUGAAAAAAGAGGUUUGUGAAGCUAUCAAACUAUUCUUCAAUAACGGAGUAAUCCCGGAUAAUUUCAACAUGACAAAGAUAGUUCUAAUCCCAAAGGUGGACAAUGCUAUAGAGUUGAAAGAGUACAGACCAAUCUCGCUAUGCAAUGUUAUUUACAAAGUCAUAUCCAAAUGCCUAGUCAAUAGGCUAAGACCUUACCUCCAGACUUUGAUCUCAGAAAAUCAAAGCCGGUUGAUAUCCGAUAAUGCACUGGUUGCAUUCGAGUGCUUCCAUGCUAUCCAUAGAACAAAUAAGGAAGAGGAAUCCUUCUGUGCGUAUAAGCUUGACCUAUCCAAGGCCUACGACAGAGUGGACUGGAGAUUCCUCGAAGGUGCGCUCAACAAAUGGGGCUUUGAUUGUAAAUGGAUAAAUUGGAUUAUGGCCUGCGUCAAGUCGGUGAAGUAUACAGUUCAAAUCAACGGCCACCUGACAAACGAGUUCAGUCCAUCUAGAGGACUAAGACAAGGGGACCCACUGUCACCGUACCUCUUCCUCCUUGUGGCCGAGAGUCUAACUUUGAUCAUCAACAAAGCAAGGGUCAAUGGGGAGCUGCAAGACUUCAAAAUCUGUAGAGGUUCCCCUGGUAUCUCCCACCUUAUGUUCGCGGACGACUGCCUGCUUUUCUUCAAAGCAAACCCAGGGCAGGCAACUGUGAUUAAAUCAGCUAUAUCCAUCUUCGAGAAUGGCUCGGGACAACUCCUAAGUGCAAAUAAAUGCUCACUUCUGUUUAGCGAAAGCUGCCCCGAACAAUGUCAGCAGCAAGUUAGACAGAUUCUAGAAGUUACCAGGGAAUCCUUUGAGGAUAAGUACCUGGGGUUCCCUACUCCAGAGGGACGAAUGAAGAAAGGGAAGUUCCAACCGUCGAAAGACCGCCUAUCGAAGAAGAUGAAUUACUGGGCUGAGCGUUUCAUGUCAAUGGGUGCUAAAGAUGCUCUUAUUAAGUCGGUAGCACAAGCCAUACCGAAUCACAUUAUGAGCAUCUUUAAGCUCCCGAUGGGAUUCCAUGAUGAUUACAUGAAGAUGGUGAGAACCUUCUGGUGGGGAGAAGAUGAAAAAAAGAGGAAGGUGCACUGGGCGGCAUGGGACAUCCUGACCAGUCCAAAAAAUCUAGGAGGGGUUGGUUUCAGGGAUUCCAAACUUAUGAACCAAGCCAUGCUUGCGAGGCAGUGUUGGAGAUUAAUGAAGUACCCAAACAGCUUAUGUGCCAGGCUACUAAAAUCCAUAUACUAUCCGCGGGGAAAUUUUUUAGAUACAGUUUUCAAACAGGAUGCUUCUCCUGGAUGGCGAGGUAUAGAAUUUGGCCUUGAAUUAUUUAAAGAAGGUCUGAUAUGGAGAAUUGGAGAUGGAAAAAGUAUAAACAUCUGGAGGGAUAAUUGGAUAGCUAGAGACUACAAUCUCAAAGUUGCUGCAGGGAAAACAAACACCAGAAUUAGGCGUGCUGACCACCUCAUCAUACAGAACCCAAGUAGAUGGAAUGAGCAUCUGAUAAGGAAGAUUUUCUAUAUGGAAGAUGCUGAUUGGAUUCUCAAACAAAAGCUUCCAAGGAAUACCUGUCACGACUUUCUAGCAUGGCACUAUGAGAAAACGGGUGAGUUCUCAGUCAAAAGUGCAUACAGGCUAGCCUAUAAUUUGCAACAUGGAGUAAGAUGGAAGGCUGGGUCGAGUGCAAGCAAGGACAACAGUAGGAAUGUUUGGAAGCUAAUUUGGAAUUCAAAUGUGCCAAGUAAAGUGAAGAUCUUUGGGUGGAGAGCCGCCUCAGAUAACUUGGCAACAAAAAAGAACAAAUUUAGAAGGACCCUCGAACUGGAUAGCACCUGCAAUAUAUGUGGGAGAGAGGAAGAGGACAGCUUCCAUGCCACUGGCCAGUUAGUAAACAGGAAUAUAUGGAAACCACCAACGGAAGGGAACCUGAAGAUUAACGUGGAUGCGGCCUUUUCAGAAGAUACUGGAGAUGCUGCCAUUGGAGUCAUCGCCCGCGAUCAUCUGGGGCACAUCAGCUUGGCGGCAAGCAUUGUCAUCGAUAAAUGCAGUGAUGCGGAAGAAGCUGAAGCUUGUGCAAUCAGAGAGGGAUUAAACCUGGCAGUCGAGUACAACCUAAAACCUAAUGCUAUUGAGUCAGAUUGUGCAAAUGCAGUGGCUACUGCAAACAGUCACAAGGUUGUAGCGUCCAGAUGCUGGGGCAUUUACAGAGAUAUAGAGCGUCUUAAAAUUUUAAGUCCAGGCUGUAAUGUGACUAAGGUUGCAAGGUCUUGUAAUUCUGUAGCCCACGAACUAGCGAAGUUAGCCAGAGUUAGUGGUGACAGCUACGUGUGGCUGCCUCCUAUACCAGGCAAUGUCUUAGCUUUAUGUGUAAAGGAUUUGUGUACGAACCAUGUGAUGAAUGAAUGA